GGCAAGCCACGCCAAUAAGUGCAGGAAACAUUGGAUUCCGUCCAUGUCCUUAUCAGCAUAUAUGGGGGAAGUUUCAGCUGAAAGGGCUUUGGACACGAUGAACUUUGAUACUAUCAGUAGACCAAUCAGAAUAAUGUUGUCUCGAAGUGACCCUUCCUUGAGAAAGUCUGGGGUGGGCAAUGUGUUCAUCAAGAAUUUGGACAAGAGCAUUGACAACAAGGCUCUAUACGAUACUUUCUCAGCUUUUGGGAACAUCCUGUCUUGUAAGAUAGCUUCCGAUGAAAAUGGCUCAAAGGGUUAUGGCUUUGUCUAUUUUGAGACUGAAGAAGCAGCCAGACAGGCCAUUGAGAAAGUUAAUGGCAUGUUGCUCAACGGCAAGAAAGUGUAUGUUGGCAAGUUCAUCCCUAGGAAAGAGCGAAUCGCCCUCCUUGGAGACAAGAUGAAACGCUUCAACAAUGUUUACAUCAAGAACUUCAAAGACGCGUUAGAUGAUGACAAGAUUAGGGAAUUGUUUGAUCCAUGUGGCAAGAUCAUGAGUGCCAAGCAAACCCCACAGUUUAACGAGAUGUUCCAGCCAACUGGAGCAGGUUACUUUGUGCCCACCAUGCCCCAAGCCCAUCGUGGAUUCUUUGCACCAACACAGAUGCCCCAGGUCAGAGCCAGUCCCAGGUGGCAGACACAAGUCCGACCCAUGCAGCCAACUGCUGGUUUCCAAGGCAUGCCUGCCAGUGGCCAGAUGCGCACCACUGCCCUACGAGCUGGUCAGCCAGCUGUCCGUGCAGGUGUCAAUGCCCGGCCAAUCACUGGACAGUCUGGUGCAGUGCCAACCAAUCCCAAUGCUCGCAUGGCUGCGAUGGGCCCCAGUAUGGGCAACCGACCAACAGCUGCUGCUCCAGCGUUGCCCAACGCCCCCACCAGACAGGGAUUCAAGUUCAACACCCAGAUGCGCAAUCCCCCAACAGCUGUACCACAGUCACAGGUCAUGCAGCAGCCCCAGCAGUCGGUUGUCAUCCCAGUGCAGGAGCCUCUGACAGCCUCCAUGUUGGCUGCUGCCCCACCACAGGAACAGAAGCAGAUGCUAGGAGAGAGGCUGUUCCCUCUCAUCCAGGGGAUGUACCCCGAGCUUGCUGGAAAAAUCACUGGCAUGUUGCUCGAGAUCGACAACUCAGAACUUCUUCAUAUGUUGGAGUCAUACGAGUCUCUCAAGGCAAAGGUUGAUGAGGCUGUUGCUGUAUUGCAAGCCCACCAGGCCAAAGAAGCUGCUGCCAUGUCCAAGGGCGACAAGUGGCAGGUUGUCUUCAUUUUUUAUUGCACAAGACCCCAGCAGUCGGUUGUCAUCCCAGUGCAGGAGCCUCUGACAGCCUCCAUGUUGGCUGCUGCCCCACCACAGGAACAGAAGCAGAUGCUAGGAGAGAGGCUGUUCCCUCUGAUCCAGAGGAUGUACCCCGAGCUUGCUGAAAAAAUCACUGGCAUGUUGCUCGAGAUCGACAACUCAGAACUUCUUCAUAUGUUGGAGUCAUACGAGUCUCUCAAGGCAAAGGUUGAUGAGGCUGUUGCUGUAUUGCAAGCCCACCAGGCCAAAGAAGCUGCUGCCAUGUCCAAGGGCGACAAGUGGCAGGUUGUCUUCAUUUUUUAUUGCACAAGACCCCAGCAGUCGGUUGUCAUCCCAGUGCAGGAGCCUCUGACAGCCUCCAUGUUGGCUGCUGCCCCACCACAGGAACAGAAGCAGAUGCUAGGAGAGAGGCUGUUCCCUCUGAUCCAGAGGAUGUACCCCGAGCUUGCUGAAAAAAUCACUGGCAUGUUGCUAGAGAUCGACAACUCAGAACUUCUUCAUAUGUUGGAGUCAAACGAGUCUCUCAAGGCAAAGGUUGAUGAGGCUGUUGCUGUAUUGCAAGCCCACCAGGCCAAAGAAGCUGCUGCCAUGUCCAAGGGCGACAAGUGAUCUCUCAUCACUUCCUCCGUUUGUCAUUUCUGCACCGUCAAGCUAGACAGGGAACAUCUGGACAAAAGACAAUUAAGCUGUAAAAAGAAGCUGGAUUGUAAAUUGUAGCUGUUUGUGCAAGCAAGAUUUGUCUUGCAUGAUUUUGUCUGUCCUUUUGAUGGUGCAGAAUUGCUUUCUUACAGUUUGAAAAAAAAACUAGAAAAAACUAGCAAAAUAUGUUAAAAUAAGUACAAAAUAGGAGAGUUCUCCUGUUUUCACUGUUAAAAAAACAUCAGUUGCAGUCAGGUACUGAUAGAUUAUUAACUCUAUCCAUAACUCUGCUGUUAUGACAUACAAUGUGUGUAAUAGCGAUAUAAAAAUAGCAACAGACUAAAAAAAUCUUUCUAUUGUGUACUAUAGUGUUUGUUCAGUUCUUUGCUGUAUUGUAUGUUUGUCAAAUUUCUUUGAAUGACUAAACCAUUGCUUGUCAGUUGAGUUGUGUGGAAGCAUUUAAGAGAACAUGAGAAGAGGGACUACUGUAAUGGAUGCAGUUAAUAAUCUAUUGAGUCUGUUAAACCAAUGUUUUAUUUUACAACAAAUAAACCGUUUCAUUGAA